AUGAGCACCUGCGAUUCCAACCGAGGCCGUUCUACGAACAGAGGUCCGAACGCUGGAAGAGAGGGGAGCAGUCGAGGUGGCUCAACGCCCAGCUCGGCGCGAAGUAUAAGCGGGGAAGGAGGAGGUUGGUUGAUUCAUUCCGAAGGUAGUCAUCAAGGACAGCAACAGACACCGACGCCUGAUCGUACAACUGGAGCUGGUUUCGCUAGUUCCUCAUUCUCAGUUUCUGGCUUCAACGGAGGGUCCAUUGGUAGAGGUAGUGGUAUGCGUGGUAAAAGUGCCGGGUCACGUACCCACCAGAAAUUCUUCGAGCCAUCUACUCCGUCUAGUUCUAUACCCUCUGUAGUGCCACCUGGAUUCGCUAGAAGGGGAAACAGGGGCAGAGGACACACCGAUGGAGGCCCACAUGCCAGGGGGAGACGAGGUUCGCAGUUCGGACCCCCUCCCGCUGAAAUAUUUUCCGCCAGCACCCCCGCGACUGUGGAUCUCACAGUAGACACCUCGGAGGACCUGGUUUUGUCUUUUCAGAAGCUCCAAAUUCGCGACAUCAUGCCACUCCGCCCAGGUUUUGGUGAGACUGGCAAACCGCAGGUUCUCCGCGCCAACUUCUUUGCCAUCAAAGUCACGAAAUCAGCCUAUUACGACUAUCGCAUAUCCUUCGACCCCGAACUACGUGAGAAGGGCCAGUGCCUUUUAGAUCGCAAAGCCCAUGUCUUUCGACUGCUUGAGGCCAACGAGAAAUUUAUUGGAAUCAGGGCCCAUGUAGCCCACGACAGAAGUGGAAGGUUGGUGUCAGCUAUCAAGCUUGAUCAACCUUUACAGUUUCAGCUCCAAGAUAAUGGCAAAACUGUCCUCGUUCACGUUGAAUUCACUAAUGAGCUAAACAUGAAUACAUUAACAGAGUAUAUGGAUGGCGACCUCAAAGAAGGAAGCAGCGAAAUAAAACAUAUGAUAUCAGCGCUCGACCUAGUAAUGCGGCAACAUGCUGUGAAAGCCGGCUGCGCAGUUGGCAGCAGUCGCUACUUUUUUCCUCAUUCGCCUCGACUCAUACCUGAAAAUUUGGCUCUCGGUGUGGAUGCUUGGAAGGGAUUCUUCAUGUCGGUCCGCCCGAUGUACAAGCAGCUCGUGGUCAACGUCAACGGGUGCAUGAGUGCCUUUUACUAUCCAGGAAACAUGGCCAAUGCUCUGCAAUGCUUUGAGCAGCGAACGUCCGGAGGGAUGUCCAAGGAAUUUGUAGGCCAUCUCAAGGUCUCCAUGGACUAUCUGGGAUAUACAAGAAAGAAGAAAGUUUUCCGCAUAGGCAACAAUUCGGCGAGCCGUACGAGGAUUAACUGCUCGGAGUUUGGUAAAUCCAUGACUGUUCAAGAGUACUUUUCUCAAAAGUACGGCAUUGAGCUGACGUUUCCCGAUAAUGUCCCUGUCAUCGAUAUUGGAAAGGAAGAUGAGCCACAGUUCGUGCCUGCCGAGCUAUGUUGGAUCUUCCCCGGACAUCCUUACGGAAAGCUAGACAGUCAAGGAACAAAAAAAAUGAUCAAACUUGCCUGCAAACCACCCGCGACGAAUGCGAUAAAUAUCUGCGACAACGGCUUUCCUGCCCUGGGAUUUAACCCACCUGCGGGGCACCUGGGUGCAUUCGGCAUCACUGUAGAUUCGAACAUGAUCACGAUUCCUAGCCGUGUGCUGCCUCCUCCCCAAGUUAUCUACAGCCAAGGAUCCCUGAGCGUUCAGGGUGGAAGCUGGAACUUGAUGAGCCACACCUUCCAAGAUCCUGCGCGCGUCAUGAGUUGGGCGGUAUUGUUGGUCAUGGAUGGCGGGGGCGACGAGUUCGGUGGCGCAGAUGACCCCGAGCUGAAUCCGUUCCUCAACCAAUUCGCUAGGAGUUGCAAAGCGGUGGGAAUGGAUUUUCCGGCGCAGCCUUCUGUGAUCAUGAAGACACCGACAUUAUCUUCCAACAAUGACCGAUCCCGGAAGAACGCCAUCGAUCAGAUUCAGGAAACCUUCGAGUCCCAUUUAUGCCUCGGUAACGGCGACGAGAAGCCGAGCUUCGUUCUUGUGCUUCUAUCGAAGCCAGAUAGUGUCAUAUACUCGGGCAUCAAGAGGCUCUGCGACAUGGUUCUCGGCAUCCAUACAGUCUGCAUGCUACUGAGCACCGCGCGCAGGGCAUCGCGGCCGGAACAAUACUGCGCCAAUGUUGCUCUGAAAGUCAACACUAAGCUGGGUGGAGUGACCCAUGUCGUUCCCAUGAAAUGGCUCACCGACAUGAAGACGAUGCUGGUCGGAAUUGAUGUGACGCACCCAGGACCUGCUAGUGUGAGGGGCUCGCCGUCGAUUGCGGCGGUGGUGGCUAGCGUUGAUGACCAGUUUUUCCAUUACCCCGCUAGUUUGUCAUUACAGAAACCUGACCGGAACAAGGAAUCUAAAGAGAUGGUUACGGACUUGUCGUUGAUGUUAAUCGAACGUCUGGAACUCUAUAGGAGGAAGAACAGCUGCCUCCCCGAGCGCCUGCUCGUAUAUCGCGAUGGUGUUUCAGAGGGUCAAUAUGAAUUGGUCAUAUCUGAAGAAUUACCUCAGUUUGAACACGCAUUCUCCAAGGUCUUGUCAAGUGGACGGUAUCGUCCAAAAUUGACUAUCGUGGUUUGCGGAAAACGUCACCACGCUCGUUUCUACCCUACUAAUUCUGAGGAUGCCACAAAAAAUGGCAACACUCUACCCGGGACUAUUGUAGAUAAGGGAAUCACUGAUAUAUACCACCAUGACUACUAUCUACAGGCGCAUGCAGGUUUGCAGGGUCAAGUCCGUCCGACACACUAUUUCGUGGUGUACGACGACUACCAUUACGAUGCAGACACUCUCCAACAGGGCACUCAUCAGGCGAGCUAUCUCUACGCACGAGCGACGAAAGCGGUCAGCUUGGUGCCAGCUGCAUAUUAUGCCGAUCUCGCGUGCUACAGAGCUAGAGACUACCUGAGUGUGCUGAUGAAUUCGGGCGAUGCGUCAGGAAAAGGGAAAGAGAAGCUGAAAGAGAAGGCGAAAAGAGGAAACGUAAAUGCGUUCGAAGAAGAGAAGACACGCGUCUUCAACAAGGCGAAGGAGCUGUGGGGCGACGGCGUUCAUGCGGAUUUGCGAGACAGCAUGUUUUAUAUCUAG